AUAGGAACUCGACCUUGCCCUUGAAUGCUCUUCCUCGGCGCCAUCCAGAAUUUGGUUCAUUAUCCGAAAUGUCAUCGCUUUUUUUUUUCUCUUCCGGAUCCCAGGAGUCUCCAAUGCCAACUGGAACCCGUCCCCGCUCCCCCCGGUACCCUUCCCCCUCCAUCUCCUCCCUCCCCUUGACCUACCUCGCGUUGGCUGUCUUUCCCCAUGGCACCACGGGGGUUAGGGAUGGAGCAACGGGGCAAUGGGGUAGCUAAGGCAGAUCCGCAACCCACACACACACACCCACGUGAGCCGUCUCUUACCAUGAGGGAGGUCGAGCUCGUUCGAGAUAUCGCUCCUCCUCGGUGGGAUGUCCUGCGGACUAGUCGCUCUUGGUGUAAGUCGGGGGUGUAGGUCGACCUCUCGACCGGACCGCUCGCCCGCACCUGUAUCCUUGUAAGACCGCCCUGUGCGAGAGGGCCCCUGGCCUUUCUCUUGGUAUAUCUGGGCUCACGUCCCUUCGAGCUGUGCAACUCCCACCUGCUGCUGUCUACUCAUACUCGUUUCUGCCGACGAUUCUCGCGUCUCUUCCCCUCCCCCCUCCCCUAGCCAUAGAUAAAAUAGCCUUGCAAGCAAGCCGGCGGGACAAGGUCAUCAUAAGGCAUCCCUAGCGCUCGCAUCUCCGAACAUAAACACACCUAGUCGUCCGUCAGUUCAGCGACCCGCGGUAUCGACCAGCCGCCACGAUGGUGAUCGGCUUCACGAAGAAGGCGCCCCGAGAGGAGGCAGUCGCGCACUCCCAGGAGGACGCGCCGGCCUUCGAGAAGGUUGACUGGAAGAGAGAUCCUGGGUUGAGGAAACUCUACUUCUAUGCAUUUGUGCUCUGCUUCGCUUCCGCCACGACAGGUUACGAUGGCAUGUUCUUCAACUCGGUCCAGGUGUUCGAAACGUGGAAGUCCUACUUCAACAAUCCCCAGGGAUCGGAUCUCGGUCUCCUCGCAGCCCUAUACCAGAUCGGUAGCUUGGGCUCGAUUCCCCUGGUUCCUAUCCUCGCAGAUAACUUUGGCCGCAAGCUCCCCAUCAUAGUUGGCUGUGCCAUAAUGAUUGUCGGUGCCAUCAUCCAGGGAACCUCUCAGAACAUGGGCGCGUUCAUGGGCGGCCGUGUCAUGCUGGGGUUUGGCAACAGCUUGGCCCAGAUCGCCUCCCCCAUGUUGCUGACUGAGAUCGCUCAUCCCCAGCACCGCGGUCGUCUAACGGCCGUUUACAAUUGCUUGUGGAACGCAGGCGCUAUCAUUGUUACAUGGCUCUCGUUCGGCACCAACUAUAUCCAGAACGACUGGUCCUGGCGUAUUCCGGCCAUCAUCCAGGCCCUUCCCUCGGUCUUCCAGAUACUCUUCAUCUGGUGGGUCCCUGAGUCUCCCCGAUACCUCAUAGCCAAAGACAAGCAAGACCAGGCUCUCGAGAUACUCGCCAGGUACCACGCCAACGGCAACACGCAGCACCCGACGGUCCAAUUCGAGUACCGCGAGAUCAAGGAGACGAUCAGGCUCGAAAUGGAGAGCAAGGCGAACAGCACCUAUCUCGACUUCCUCAAGACCAAGGGCAACCGCUACCGAUUACUCAUCCUCCUGUCUCUCGGCCUCUUUUCCCAGUGGUCUGGCAAUGCCAUCAUCUCCAACUUUGCCAGCAAGCUGUACGACCAGGCCGGGGUUACUGAUUCUAACUCCAAGUUCGGCCUCUCGGGAGGUCAAACCAUCCUAUCCCUCAUAGUUUCGGUCACCAUGGCUAUGCUUGUCGACCGAUGGGGCCGCCGACCGAUGUUCUUGGCCUCGACCGCAGGCAUGUUCGGCGUCUUCAUCUUCUGGACCUUGUGUGCGGGUUUGUACGGGGAACACAACGCCCCGGGCGCCAACCACGCCAUGAUCUUCUUCAUCUGGCUAUUCGGUUUUUUCUACUCGAUGGCAUGGUCAGGCUUACUGGUAGGCUAUGCCAUCGAGAUCCUGCCGUAUAAGUUGCGUGCCAAGGGUCUCAUGAUCCUCAACAUCAUGGUCCAGGCGGCGUUGUGCCUCAACUCAUACGCUAAUCCGGUUGCGUUCGAGGCCUUCGGCGAGAAGCACUCCUGGAAGCUCUAUCUCAUCUACACCUGCUGGAUCUUCUGCGAGCUGGCCUUCGUCUAUUUCAUGUACGUCGAGACGAAGGGCCCUACGCUUGAGGAGCUCGCCAAGGUCAUCGAUGGCGACGACGCGGCCGUCGCCCACGUCAACCUCGAGAAAGUCGAGCAGGAGACUGCUAUCGAGUCUCAUGAUGUCGUGCACAAAGUUUAAUGCGGAGCGGGUGAAUAAUAAGCGUCGGCGUUCCCUACUUGGGGUUGGUUAUCUGCAUAAUAUGGUCGGUUUCUGCUGCGACGUCUCGAUUCUCUAGUAAUGUUUCUACCAUGGCUCCCAUCUUCGCUGUCGCGUAGAGCGAAGCGUCUAUCUCUCGCCAUCGAUACCUCCCCUCACUUACCUAUAUAACGAGCGUGGCACGUAUAGUCUCUCUCUCCCUCUACCCUUGCAUCUGGGUAAUGAUUGGGGCCAUCUUCUAAAAGUCGGGUUAUAUAUAUGCAUCGAUAUAGGUAUAUAGGCAUACACAUCUAGGAAGUGGGAAGCUAUGCCCAUCGAGAUAUACCUCUAUUCUUCGAAUGUUUUCUCGCAGGCAUCGUCCGUGGCUACUUAGUUAACUACCUAGGCUAACUCGAGUAGAGCUAUACACUAUCAUCGGAUGCUAGAGAUAUCUACCUAGGUAUAUUAAAGCCGCGCACUGCGAUUAGUCGGAUAUCGA